UCUCUACACAGUUGCUAGGGUUGUACACAAGUAGUAUACGCGUACUUGAGCAUCUGGGAUUGGCCGGUGCAAUGGAGCAGCACAGCACAUUAAUCAUUCCGCCAAGCAGUCAAACAGCUCCACCUCCAAUUCUCUCACCACCUUUGGGGCGCCUGCAGCUCUGUCCUUCCGUGCUGUCCCUGGACGCCAUGGAUCCCAACAGCGAGGGCGGCGGCGGCGAGGGUGACCUCGACCUAAACCUCUCCCUGCAGCCGUCCUUGGCACCGGAGCAGCCGGAGCCACCAGGAUACUUCUCCUGCACCUACUGCGACAAGAAAUUCUACUCCUCGCAGGCGCUCGGCGGCCACCAGAACGCCCACAAGUUCGAGCGCAGCGUCGCCAAGCGCGCCCGCGAGCUGGCCGCCGCUCGCCGGCCCGCAGGCCACGGCGGCGAGCGCGGCAGUGCGGCCGAAGAGGAGGCUAGGAGGGGGAAGGAACUGGGCAUUGUUGCGCAGGGAUCGGCGGCAAGCUCGUCAACACAGCAGAUCGGGGCGCCGCCGGAGGCAAGCAGGGAUCUCACCGACGACAUCGACCUCUCCCUGAAGCUAUGAUGAGUGUCUGCUCCGAUCCUGUCGUCGUCCUGGAGGUUCUUAUCUCCUCGAGCAGAUCAGUUAUUGAUCCAUCCUCGAGUGGUUGUUGUGUUCUGUGUGCUGAUGAUUAGACCUCUUUUUGAUUAAUUUCCUGGCCAUGCAUCUAUACAAAGCAGGUUCUUGGUUAUUUUCCUUGAUCCCCUCCUCCACCCCUUCCCCUUCUCCUCCUCCUCCUCCAUCUUCUUCACCUCUAUUUUUUUUAUUAAAAUUUUACCAGGAUAUGAUUUACUUAUCAUUACUCUUGCCAUGUAAUCAAAGCCUAGAAAUGGAAACAUGAACAAGGGGAGGAUUGAUGCCUUCUUCAAGCAGUAUA